AUGAAGAGAUCACGCGGAAGCUCCGAUUCUCUAGCCGGUUCCUUACCAAUUUGCCACUUUGCAUCAGACAAACAAAUAAGUCCAAGACCAACAACAACCACCAGCUUUCUCUAUCCAGGCGCCGGAGAUUACUCGCCAAUGUUCGACGGUCUAGAGGAAGACGGAAGUCUAGAAGACAUCGGCGUCGGACACGCGUCGUCUACAGCCGCGGCGGAGAAAAAGCGGCGGUUGAGUGUGGAGCAAGUGAAAGCGUUAGAGAAGAAUUUCGAGAUUGAUAACAAGUUAGAGCCGGAGAGGAAAGUGAAGCUUGGUCAAGAGCUUGGGCUGCAACCGCGUCAAGUGGCAAUCUGGUUUCAAAACCGCCGUGCUCGGUGGAAGACAAAGCAGCUCGAACGUGAUUACGACGUUCUCAAGUCAAAUUUCGACGCACUCAAACGCAACCGCGACUCGCUUCAACGUGAUAAUGAUUCUCUCCUUGCAGAGAUUAAAGAGCUAAGAGCAAAGCUUAACGAGGAGGGGACCGGCGGAAGCAAUGGUAACGCCUCGGCAGACGAACAUGGCGUAGUAAAAGCGGUAACAAAUCAGACGGUUGUGGCUAAUGAAGUCUUAGAGCUCAGCCACCGUCCUCCUCCACCACAUGUUCCUAUAGAAGCUCCGACGUCGGAGCUAGCAUACGAAAUGUUUAGCAUUUUCCCACGAACCGAAAGCUUUAGAGAAGAUCCAGCAGAUAGCAGCGACUCAAGCGCGGUUUUGAACGAAGAGUAUAGUCCCACACCGGCGGCGGCCACCGCGGCUGAUAUGUCGACGUUAGGAUGUUUUGGCCAAUUUGUGAAGAUGGAAGAGCAUGAAGAUUUGUUUAGUGGAGAGGAAGCUUGCAAGUUGUUUGCGGAUAACGAGCAGUGGUAUUGCUCCGCUCAAUGGAAUUCUUGA